AUGGCUCCAGAAGGUCAUGGGAGUCCAGAUGAGGAUCUGCCAGAACAGGAUGAAGAAACUGAGAAAAGGAAAAGAACAUCAGUAGCAUUGCUGGAGACUUCUUCCUGUGAUUUCAGAUUCCAGCGGGGUGACUACCACAUCGAUGUCUGCAUCAAUGACUACCUGGAUGUGUUCUGCCCUCACUAUGAAGACUCGGUGCCAGAAGAUAAGACCGAACGUUACAUUCUGUACAUGGUAAAUUUCGAUGGCUACAGCUCCUGCGAUCACACCUCCAAAGGGUUCAAGAGGUGGGAGUGUAAUCGGCCACAUUCCCCGAACGGACCAUUGAAGUUCUCCGAAAAGUUCCAGCUCUUCACGCCCUUCUCACUAGGAUUUGAGUUCAGGCCAGGCCGGGAAUAUUUCUACAUCUCUUCUGUGAUACCAGAUAAUGGAAGGAGAUCCUGUCUAAAGCUUAAAGUCUUUGUGCGACCAGCAAACAGCUGUAUGAAAACUAUAGGUGUUCAUGAUCGUGUUUUCGAUGUUAACGACAAAGUAGAAAAUUCAUUAGAACCAGCAGAUGAUACCGUACAUGAGUCAGCCGAGCCAUCCCGUGGUGAGAAUGCGGCACAGACACCAAGAAUACCCAGCUGGCUUUUGGCAACUCUGUUGUUCCUCCUGGCAAUGUUUUUGAUAUUAUAGCACAGUAUGCUUCGGCAACCUGUCGCAGAAAAUAUCAGGGUCUUGGAACAUCAAAGAUCCACCUAACUGGUCAUCCCAGGAAAGGGACUUUAUUGUUUUUGCAGAUGUCAAAUUGUUAUUUUUCCCUUUUC